GAACUUUAAACUUUUUCGUUUUCGCCGUCAAAAUCAAAAUCAGAGGGACGAUUCUCACGUUCUCCAUCACUUCCCCUCGAUCCAAACCAGAGUGAGGAGGGAGUUGGGAACUACACGCGAAUCACGUCAACUCGUAAUGUGAAUUUUUGAAAUCGAGGAAGAAGAAGAAGACGAAAUCGGAGCAUUUGAUUUUUUGAAAGUUUGGGAGAAGAAGAAGGGAAGAGAGAUAAUAGAUGAUGGCUUCGGAUCCAAAACUCAAGGCUGAGAUCGGACCUGAUGGUCUUGCUAGAGAAGCUCCUGUUAUUGCUUACACAGAGAAGAUAAUCGCGGAAGAGCAAGUUCAGUUGAGGAAAUACAUUGAGGAGAACUAUACAAAGAUUAGGGAUGUAGAAAGGGAAUUUGGAAACCUUACUAUGGAAAUGAAACUCACUGCUGGACCUAAGAAAGCAGCAAUGGAACACUUGAGAAAGAAAAUUGAAAUCGCAACUGAAAAGAUCCAUGUUGCUAAGUUGAAAGAAGAAGAAGCACGAGAGGCAUUUGAAGCAGCAUCAAAAGUUGUGAAGGAUGAAGAAGCAGCAAAACAGAGUCUUUGUGAAGAUUUAAACCGUCUGGUACAAGAAAGCAGCAAUACGCAGUACGCCAGACUUGAGGAAUUGAAAAGGAGACUAGAAGUGCUUAAUCCAAAUAGAUCAUCUACUUCUGUUCAGCAAGUCCAAGAAACAGAGACUAAAUCUGUAGUAGACAGCUCACCAGCACCCAGUGGUAAUCAGACUCACCCGGAAAAACCAGAAAAUAACCAGGGGAAGGAGGAAGGAGGUAAAGAACAUGGACAGAGGCCAGCAACAGCGGAAGGAGAAUCAAAAUCGAAAAAGAAACCACAGAAUCAAGGAAGGGGAAGAGGAAUUGGAAUCAUGAACAAAGGGAGAGGAGGUUGGACAGGUGCUGGAUUCGAUGUCGAUGGUAGAACUUAAGAUACAUAUACCUAUAAUACAUUCGAAAGCCGCCUUUUCCAGUCAGCAUUACAUGUCAUAUAUUGCUUACCAGGUACGUUACAUUCAUCUGAUAAUAUUGAUAGACCUAUCCACAGAAACAGAGAACUCUCGUUUCAAAUAUACUUGUGUUGAUGGAAUGAAAAACCAUUCAAUCAUAUUUGGGUUUUCAUUGAUCGUUUCUUGAGUUUAGGUCUCUAAUUUUGUACAACUGGGUUGAUGUAACGAUCUGAGAACGGUUAAGAGUUUUAUAUUGUAUAAGAUGUUGCCAUGAUUGGUAGUAAUGGUGUGGAGGACAAGCUUCAUA